GCCGCGGCCUGGGCUGGGGCCGGGGGAGCGGCGCGGCGGGAAAUGGCGGCCGGGCCGGGCUGAGCUGAGGGGACAGAGCUGCACCAUGAGGCUGCUGCGCGCCCUUCUGCGCGGCGCUGCCCCGGGCAACAUCCCGCAGCAGGUGGACUUCUACUCACGCUUCUCCCCCUCGCCGCUCUCCAUGAAGCAAUUUCUGGACUUCGGGUCUGAAAAUGCUUGUGAAAAGACUUCAUUUAUGUUUCUGCGACAAGAGCUGCCGGUGAGGUUGGCAAACAUAAUGAAGGAAAUCAGCUUGCUUCCAGACAACCUCCUAAGAACACCUUCAGUUCAGCUGGUGCAGAGCUGGUACGUCCAAAGUCUUCAGGAGAUUCUUGACUUUAAGGACAAAAGCUCAGAAGAUUCAGGGACUGUUCAAAGUUUUACAGACACUGUGAUAAAAAUCCGGAAUCGCCACAAUGAUGUCAUUCCUACGAUGGCUCAAGGAGUGAUAGAGUACAAGGAGAGCUUUGGCAUUGAUCCAGUGACCUCCCAGAACGUGCAGUAUUUCUUAGACCGCUUCUACAUGAGUCGCAUUUCAAUCAGAAUGCUCCUUAAUCAACACUCUUUACUGUUUGGUGGGAAAAUUAAUCCAGCUCAUCCAAAACAUAUUGGAAGCAUUGAUCCUAACUGCAAUGUUGUUGAAGUUAUUAAAGAUGGCUAUGAAAAUGCCAAGAGCCUUUGUGAUUUAUAUUACAUGAGCUCUCCAGAACUUAUCCUUGAAGAGUUGAAUUCUAAAUCACCAGGACAGCCUAUGCAAGUGGUGUAUGUGCCAUCACAUCUCUAUCACAUGGUUUUUGAACUUUUCAAGAAUGCAAUGAGAGCCACCAUGGAACAUCAUGCUGAUCGAGGCAUUUAUCCUGCAAUUCAUGUACAAAUCACGUUGGGAAAUGAGGAUUUAACUGUGAAGAUGAGUGACCGUGGUGGUGGUGUUCCUAUGAGGAAAAUUGACAGACUGUUCAACUAUAUGUAUUCAACAGCACCACGUCCUCGUGUUGAGACAUCGCGAGCUACACCUUUGGCUGGAUUUGGUUAUGGCUUACCCAUAUCACGUCUGUAUGCACAGUACUUCCAAGGAGACCUGAAACUCUAUUCCUUAGAAGGCUAUGGUACAGAUGCAGUUAUUUACAUCAAGGCCUUAUCAACAGAAUCAAUUGAAAGACUCCCUGUAUACAACAAAGCAGCCUGGAAACAUUAUAAAGCAAACCAUGAAGCUGAUGACUGGUGUGUGCCAAGCAGUGAGCCAAAGGACAUGACCACUUUUCGGAGUAUGUAGCUUUUUCCUCAGCAGCUCCUAAGUGGGUUUGUCUGUAAAGGGAAUUUAGAAGACCUGAUUUAUGAUUUUGAGCCACUUCUGAUAUGUGAAAGUAAUUCUAAAUUUGAGUGUAAUGAGGCUUUUCUGAAAUAAAAAAACAACAGCCACCAAAACCCCCAAACAUGCACAUAUAAAAAAAGGUCAUACUUCAUUUGUUUCACUUUCUAUUAAUGACUGCUUUCAGAGCUAAGUCAAAGGAGCAAUAUAUUGGUUUUUAUAGGGAUCAAUGCCACAGCUUUCACAUCUGGUAUUAAUUUGUAUUAUUUAAAAAUAAUUUUAUUAGAAAAACUAUUAAAAAAGCUCACUGGAACAUUCUUCCAUUAUAAAAUUCUACAGAUUAAUGAAAAAUUUGUGUAAGAAAUACUGAGCUCAUUGCUAUACCUUUGAAACUGUAUGGCACUUUCUUUUAUCUUAAGCAUGCUGAAGCUUAAUUUUGCAAAUUUAGAUAUGUUGCUUACAUACACUGCCUACAUCAAGGUGGUGUUUUCAGCUGUAGAAAUCACACCUCUGUAGGAAUAAAAGUUUUUUAAAAGCGUUUUUAACUUCUACUACUGGUAUAAUGUAUCUCAGGUAUGUGGUGGCAUCAGUUCUAUUUCUUUGGUUGUAAUGUGAAUAUAUAAUAGAUGUGAAAAACUUACCUUGCCCUGAUCAUUGUGAAUUAAAAAAUAGCAUUGGCUUGUGUACAGUAGAGAAAUGUUAGUCUUGCAUUUGCUGUAUUUCUAUAGGUCAUACCAAAAUGCAGUAUCAACAUUCUAGCCUCUGUAAGAUCUCAGAGUUGGGUAUGUCAGGUACAGCUGUAAAUGAAACUAUUUUAAUAAACAGAUUCUUAAAAUUUGUCUGUAAUAGGGCAUCUCUAUUACUUUGACAGUAUAAACUGCCUUCUCAGGAGUAAGUAAAGUAAGUAAAUUAACAGUUUUUGAAAAUACCUUUGCAUUUGUGAUAUGCUUCUGGCCUCGUUUUUGUAGUAACUGGAAUUCACAUUAUAACAUAAACAUGAUAACCAGAAUAUGUUAAUCAAAGACAAAUCAGAACAUACAGGGGAAGUGAGAGAGGG